AUGAGUGGGUACACAAGACGCAACAAUGAUGGCCCUGACAGCUACAUCAUGAACCACCAGAUUGCCUUGCCUGUCCCGUACAAUCAUGGGGAUACCCACGAGUUUGGCGUUAAUGAUUCGGGGUCAUAUCCCUUCCAGCAACAGUCAUUCAAUGCUUAUACACAGCAGUUCAGCUCACCAUAUGGCCAUUCCAGCAUCUCCCCCAGCACGCAUCACCUGUCACCACAUCAUUCGCCAGGGCAUUCAGUUCCAUCAACGCCAGAUCAUAUACCUCUUCAACACGCUAUGCAAUAUAUGCCCCACUCGCGUUACCUGCAGUCUCCGGGCUUCUUGCCCCUACGUGAAGCAAUUACCGAGGCAGAUAUUGAAAGCCAGGAAUCCCAUAAUGAGUCGACAAUGUUAUCAGAAGCAGUGAUUCCCCCUCUUGAUGGCUUUCCUAAUGUAAGGGAAUUCGACCAGCUAAUGAAAAGUUAUGUCGAUGAUUUAUCCAUAAAGAAGCAAGACAAGGCUCUGAUUCACGCAAGAAGAGCACGAAAUAUCAAGACAGUACUGAUGGAUCCUAAAGACACAGCAAUAGAAUCAGCUCAAUUCCGAUUUUGGGUAAAGAAGAUGUUCAAGCUCCAAACAGUUGGAUCUGUUACAUCAGAUUGUGCGAAAAUGAUCUGCCACGAAGGGAAACCAGUGGCAAUUCGGGAAAAGUUAUUCAAGAUACUUACUAGAGCACAUCAGCAAUGUCAACAUGGCGGCAGAGACAAAACAUCCGCCCAGGUUCGACAAAUCUACUCUUGGGUCCCGAAAGAACUUAUUUCGCGCUUUGUUAAAAUAUGUCCAACUUGUCAAGUGCGUCGAGGUGGAUCACGACUGACGCCCCCCAGCUCAAGAAGAAGUUCUCCUCGUCUCGAGGUUGCAUCCCGUUCACCGAAGCUUCCAUCACCGCCUAUAUCACGACGCGAUUCUACUUUAAACGGACAAGUUCCAAUUGAUAGACCGCAGGCAGACUAUUUUACACAAUUCAACAGUCAUGGCACUUGGCUAGAAAGUCAGCGGAGCUUGCAAGAGAGGCAAGCCAUGAAUACAGGCCAUGUGCGCUCCUUCAAUAGUGGCGCCAUGGGCCACCUCACAAGCACUCUCCCCGGGACACUGGAUUCAUUUCAUAGCGACAUGCCAGUGCCAUCUUCACAAGUUACCUACACUGCAGGUUACCCUUCCGCUCAUGGGGCACCUAGCCAUAGGGAAUUUUGAAUUUGGACUACAUAGCUUGGGAGAGGGGCAGUGAUAACCUAAUUCGAUUUCGUCAUGAGCUCGCCAAGCCCACAAUAGUCCCCUUUGUUUCUCGAGUUUCUAUCGCAUUAUUCAAUUUGCUCGCGACGAUUUGCACAACGCCUCUGAUCUAUACCUUUGCGGACUAAGUCGGGGAGUAUUGCCACUUGCAUUCCAUCCAGUUUCAUCAAGGUAGCCCGGCCUCGAGAGUAACGGCUCGACUUAUGGGCUACCAAUGUCUCCCAAGGCGCUAUAACACGAGCACAUUGCCACAACUCCAAAAGGAGCGGUUACAGUAAGCCAAGUAAGUCUAUUGCCUUGGUUGGCUGCAGGUGUUAGCAAAUUUGAUACAAAAUGUUUCGAUAAAAUACUUUGUGGCAUUUGGUAGAAAUUAAAGAAAGCAUCAAGCC